GUCGCGUUGCCGUUGUGUUUACUCAGGAGUUGUCUGAUGUUUUUAUAUUUUGUGACAAUGUUAAUGUUGUGUCGUUUAUUGUACUCCAAAAUUUAGUGUAAACUAUGAAAUAGCCAACUAGUUAUCUACUCGCUUAAGGUCCUUCAGCAGUGAGAGUGUUGUUGUCUGUGGACAGAGAUUUGUCGUAGUUUAAUCCGUUAAUUAAGUUAAGGUAUUAAAUGACGUGUUUUAGUGACCCGUGUGCACGAACGCAGGUAAGCGGGUCAACAGUCUGAACCCAAAAUAACUUUAACGAGAUGCGUAUUUAUUUAGUAAGUGCCUACUUCAAGUUGAUAAAUGCAAGCAGUUUAUAGGACAAUGGCACCAAACAUGACCCGCUGUGAGCAUCAGGGCUGGAUGAGGGUAACAGAUAUGAAAGGUUCCUCGGUUCACUGGAUAUCUUGUGGACAACCACUUUCAAAGCCUAUCGGAUGGAGGGUCAAGUUUUGCCUGGUUGCUGAAUGUCAACUAGUUCUUCUUGAUAAAUCAGAGAUCAGUCCACUGCUGUUUCAUGAGCGGCGAGCUGAAUCCUGCACCGUAUGGAUCCUGCGUCGUAGCACCAGCAUCCCAGAGGACGUUCAGCUCUGUAAGGACCAGAGCACCCAAACUAUAGACAGCAAGUCACACACUGACCGGGUGGGCCGUCGACGCAGCAUGCCCGGCGCUACAGUGGACAAAGCAGCGGUCGGCAUGGAUGCUGAUACAUCAACACCUUUUAAAGUCACGGGCUUCCUAAGCCGCAGAUUGAAGGGUUCCAUUAAACGCACCAAAAGCCAGCCGAAGCUCGACCGGCACAGCAGCUUCAGGAACAUCUUACCGAGCUUUAGGAGCGCGGACAAUGACAGCAGAUCCCAUCUGAUGCCGAGGCUGAAGGAAUCGAGGUCUCACGAGUCGUUGCUCAGUCCCAGCAGUGCGGUAGAAGCUCUAGAUCUCAGUAUGGAAGAGGAAGUUCUCAUCAAACCGGUGCACAGCAGCAUCCUGGGACAGGAUUUCUGCUUCGAGGUAACUACUUCAACAGGAAGCAAGUGCUUUUCCUGUCGGUCGGCUGCCGAACGAGACAAAUGGAUGGAGAAUUUGAGACGUGCUGUGCAUCCCAACAAGGAUAACACCCGACGGGUGGAAAACAUGCUGAAAUGUUGGAUUAUCGAAGCCAAGGACUUGCCAGCGAAGAAAAAAUAUUUCUGCGAACUCUGUCUGGAUGACACAUUAUACGCACGGACUACUUGCAAACUCAAAACGGACAAUGUUUUCUGGGGCGAACACUUUGAGUUCAACAACCUGCCCUCCGUCAAGAGCAUCACUGUGCACGUUUAUAAGGAAACGGACAAAAAGAAAAAGAAGGACAAAAAUAAUUACGUGGGCCUGGUCAAUAUACCCAUAGCGGCGGUCACAGGGCGACAGUUUGUGGAAAAAUGGUAUUCCGUGAGCAUGCCGAAUCCCAAUAAAGGAAAGGGACCGGGACCGAUGGUCAGAAUGAAGUCACGAUAUCAGAGCAUGAGCAUCCUCCCCAUGGAGCUGUACAAAGAGUUUGCAGAGUAUAUUACAAAUAAUUAUAUGUUAAUGUGCUCGUUGCUGGAGCCGGCUCUCAGUGUGAAGAACAAGGAAGAGAUGGCGUGUGCUCUUGUUCAUAUCCUACAAAGCACAGGCAAAGCCAAGGACUUUCUGACAGAUCUGAUGAUGUCUGAGGUGGAUAGAUGUGGAGACAAUGAGCAUCUCAUAUUUCGUGAAAACACAUUGGCUACCAAAGCUAUAGAGGAAUACCUGAAACUAGUCGGACAGAAAUACCUUCAGGAUGCUUUAGGUGAGUUUAUCAAAGCGUUGUAUGAGUCAGACGAGAAUUGCGAGGUGGAUCCAUCGAAGUGUUCCUCCAGUGACCUGCAUGAGCACCAGAGCAACUUGAAAAUGUGCUGUGAACUCGCUUUCUGCAAGAUCAUCAACUCUUACUGCGUGUUUCCGCGGGAGCUCAAAGAAGUGUUCGCGUCAUGGAGGCAGGAGUGCAGUAACCGAGGUCGACCGGACAUCAGCGAGCGUUUGAUCAGCGCGUCUCUAUUCCUGCGCUUUCUGUGUCCCGCGAUUAUGUCGCCAUCUCUCUUCAGCCUCUUGCAAGAGUAUCCCGACGAUCGCACGGCCCGCACGCUCACGCUCAUCGCCAAAGUCACGCAAAACCUUGCCAACUUCACCAAAUUUGGCAGUAAGGAGGAGUACAUGUCCUUCAUGAAUCAGUUCCUGGAACACGAAUGGACCAACAUGCAACGCUUCCUGCUGGAGAUCUCCAACCCAGAGACCAUCUCCAACACAGCAGGGUUCGAAGGUUAUGUCGACCUUGGCCGUGAACUCUCUACUCUUCAGUCUCUACUGUCAGAAGCUGUCUCACAACUCGAUCAGAGUACAGUCACUAAACUAGGUCCUUUAGCACGGAUCCUACGGGAUGUGAAUUCAGCCCUGACAAAUCCCACUGGAGUCCCUGUGGCGUCACCCACCGAGCGUGUGGGUUCCCCCAGUCUGCCCAGCAGCAGCCUGUCCACCGGUCUACAGAAGAUGGUCAUGGACAGCGAGAUUACAGGGUUGGUGGAUUUCACUCGCUUGCCCUCGCCGACCCCCGAAAACAAGGAUCUGUUUUUCGUAACGAGGAACUCUGUGAUUCAGCCAUCACCCGCCCGCAGCUCCAGUUACUCCGAGGCCAACGAACCGGACGUUCAGAUCCCCAAUGGCAGCAAAAGCCUAUCGAUGGUGGACCUGCAAGACAGUCGUUCUCUGGAGAGCGCUCCUAAUACCUCCUUCAGCGAUCCCGUCAAUGACAGCCAGACAUCUGUCGGACUAGGAACAGGAGUGUGGACCACCCGUACGGUCAAAGGCAACACACCCAUCGGUCCGACCCUGAGAAGGCCACCUCAGACACCCACGACACCGAAUGCUGAAAACGCCCCAGGGAGAUCUCAGCUGCUCGCCCCGUUGUCUUUCCAAAACCCGGUGUACCAAAUGGCUGCCGGAUUGGCCAUGUCACCCCGUGCCGAUUCAGGCUCCGAGUGCCAAAGUUCCAUCAGCUCUCAGGGUAACGCAGAGGAACCAACGACUGCCGGGUCAAAGCAUGCGUUUGUGAGUCAGUCCAGCGGGGGCGCCAGUGGUGGAGGGGGAAGCAGCGGGGACGAGUUUGCUCGUCGUUCUGGUGAAUUCACCCGCAGACAGCUGUCUCUUACGGAGACCCAACACCAAACCAAUGUGCCACGGCAGAACAGCGCGGGGCCACAGCGCCGAAUAGACCAGCCACCUCCAGUCACGAGGGGCCGAACUCCACCCAGCAUGCUCAACACCGCCCCCUAUCCCCGCCCUUCCAGUGGUAGUAUGAUGUCAUCGUCCCCUGAUUGGCCAAGCAGUGGCACCAGACUAAGACAGCAGUCGUCAUCUUCAAAAGGGGAUAGUCCUGAAUCAAAGCAGCGUACCUUACACAAACAGGCCCCAUCGCCUGUAAAUCCAAAUGCUUUGGACCGCACGGCUGCAUGGCUACUGAACAUGAAUGUGCAAUAUUUGGAUCAGGAGAGCCUGGACCCAGAUUCAAAACACAGGGAGGACUUUCCAAACAAAGAUGAUCUUACACAAACUGAAAAGUAUCAGCAGGAGAUCGCAGUCCUGCAGGAGAAGCUGCGCUUUUCCGCUAAGAAGCUGGAGGAGUAUGAGUGUCGUAUUAAGAGCCAGGACGACCAGACGCAGAAGAUGCUCCUGGAGUACCAGGCUCGGUUGGAGGACACGGAGGAACGGUUACGCAAACAGCAAGAUGACAAGGAGCUUCAGAUGAAGAGCAUCAUCACCAGAUUGAUGUCUGUGGAAGAGGAGCUGAAGAAAGAUCACGCAGACAUGCAGGCCAUUGUGGAUUCUAAGCAGAAGAUCAUUGAAGCCCAGGAGAAAAGAAUCGCGUCUCUGGAUGCCGCUAACGCUCGGUUAAUGAGCGCUCUGUCUCAGCUGAAGGACCGCUACAGCAUGCAGACGAGGAACGGCAUCUCUCCCACCAACCCAACUAAACUGCAGAUCACCGAAAACGGAGAAUUCAGAAACAGCAGCAACUGCUAGCGUCAACGCAAACACGUGGGGCCGACAGGCUUAGCGAAGGACAAGGGCUAUGGUUAAUACUUAUAACAUGACAAUACAAAAAACGGCACUCCUAUGGGUUUAAAUUUAGAGUCGUGUUAAACAUAUAAAUCUCCUUUAAGAAUGAAUCAAACAGGAUAUUUUAAAUUGAAUCUUUCACUCUAUAUAAAGACAUUUGUGAGUUAUUUUAGCCACGUAAAGAUAUCCCUCAUUCAUUCAUAGCCCUUGUCACAAGAAAGCAUCUAAUGUUAAGCUGUGACCAAACGUCACAUCGUACAGUAUAUAGAUUUGAACAUAUGUGCAUAUAUACGGCUUUACUUUCUUUUAUAGUUGGCAUGCUGAAAAUGUUCAUGCGUGUAAUUAUUUCUUUCAAAUUCAUACUUCGCAUUUCAUUUUUUGAUACAUUUGUACAUUUCAUGUAAACAUUUCUUACUGAACUUAUUUCCUCUUGUGACAACAGCGGCAUGAAAGCUUUUUUUAAAUGAGUUAAAGAGCGAAAAUUCAUUUGACAUUUUGUUGCAUACCUCGUAUGUGCACAACGUUUCAGAGGUGAUGCACCUCAAUGUAGUACGUAGUUAGUUUUUUAUCGGCUUUUCAGAGAAAAGUCUCGUUUUUUUCCGUACGGUGUAUAUUUCCUGUGCUGAAGUCUGCUGUACUGUUUCAGAGGAAAAUAACGUAAGCUCUGAUCGUAAAUUCAGGUGCUGCUUUUAGACGGGCGUAGGUGAUCACACGCCCUUGCGCAAACCUUACGUGCUAAGAUGCGUAUAAACAUCAUCGCGCCGCUUGCUGUACUGUAUAUGCGUGGUCAGUAUUACUCUCCGUAUCGAACAUUAUAUGACUACAGUACGAUCGGUGUCUGUCAUUUUUCCACUCCAUGCACUUUCUAUAGCAUUAGAUUGGAUCCUUUAACCAA